GGUGGUGUGGUGAGCUGCUGACGGGUGACGGCUCACGCUCAGGCUCAGCUCUUGCUGUGCUGCUACUGCUAGGUCAGCUGGCCCAUCUGAUCGCUGGAAGAGCGCCGCGUUCCUCGGGGUCUCGCGUCGUCUUCUACUGCUCCCUCCCUCCACUUCCACUUCCAACCCCUUUUCCCAUUUCCCGUUGAUGCGAGCGAGACAGAUCAAAAGGAGAUCGAGGGAAGAAAAAAAAAGGGAAAGAAAAAAAAUAUCCACCGCUCCCGAGGCACGGCGGCGGCGAGCGUGCGUGCGACACCUCCGGCGGCUCCACAGAGCCGGCGACCGAGCUCCGGCGCGCGGCGCGGACGCUCCGGGCCCCGGCGGGGUAAGGACCAGGGGUCCACGCUCGUACCCAGAUCUCGGGGUGGUGCUGGGAAGUGGGGGUUCGUUCGGUCCCUGCUUCCCCCUGGUGGGGAUGGGGUGGUCCGCGGGGCUGUGUUGGUGGCUCGUGGCGGCGGUGUGGGUGGCGGCUGCGGCGGCGUUGGUGGCGGCGGAGGGUGAGGUCGAGGUCGCGGUCGCGGUCGGGGCGGCGCCGAGGCGGCACGCCUACGCGUCCAUGAUGUACAUGGGCACGCCACGGGACUACGAGUUCUACGUCGCCACGCGCGUCAUGAUGCGGUCCCUGCGCCGGCUCAGCGCCGACGCCGACCGCGUCGUGAUCGCGUCCCUCGACGUCCCGCCGCUCUGGGUCCAGGCGCUGAAAGAUGAUGGUGUGAAGGUGGUCUCUGUGGAGAAUUUGAAAAAUCCUUAUGAGAAACAAGAAAAUUUCAACAUGCGAUUCAAGUUGACUCUAAACAAGCUGUAUGCAUGGAGCUUGAUUUCAUAUGAGCGAGUUGUUAUGCUUGACUCUGACAACAUUUUCCUCCAAAAUACUGAUGAGUUAUUUCAGUGUGGUCAAUUCUGUGCUGUCUUCAUCAAUCCCUGUAUCUUCCAUACAGGUCUCUUCGUUCUUCAGCCCUCAAUGGAUGUUUUUAAAAACAUGCUACAUGAGCUAGCGGUUGGACGUGAAAACCCAGAUGGUGCCGACCAAGGCUUCCUUGCUAGUUAUUUCCCAGACUUGCUUGAUCAGCCAAUGUUCCAUCCACCAGCUAAUGGUACAAAACUUCAGGGUACUUAUCGCCUCCCUCUAGGCUACCAGAUGGAUGCGUCUUACUAUUAUCUGAAGCUUCGCUGGAGUAUUCCAUGUGGACCGAACAGUGUGAUUACAUUUCCGAGUGCUCCAUGGUUUAAGCCAUGGUACUGGUGGUCUUGGCCAGUUUUACCUUUGGGGCUCUCGUGGCAUGAACAACGUCGUGAAAACCUAGGGUAUUCAUCGGAGAUACCAGUAGUAUUAAUUCAGGCUGUACUGUACAUUGGAGUCAUAGCAGUGACCCGACUGGCGCGGCCUAGCUUGUCCAAGAUGUGCUACAACCGAAGAAUGGAGAAAAACACUAUGUUCUUGCUCUCCCUUCUGAGAGUAGUGGCAGCUUGGUCCAUACUUGCUGCCUACACCAUACCCUUCUUCAUCAUCCCAAGGACCGUGCAUCCACUGCUUGGCUGGCCUCUCUACUUGCUCGGUUCUUUCUCUCUUUCUUCCAUCGUGAUCAACGUUUUCCUCCUCCACCCGAUGACCGUACUCACAACAUGGUUUGGAUUCAUCGGCGCACUAUUGGUGAUGGCCUUCCCUUGGUAUCUAAAUGGUGUUGUUAGGGCAUUGGCAGUGUUUGCGUAUGCUUUCUGCUGUGCGCCCUUGAUCUGGGCAUCUUUGGUCAAGACAAUGAGCUCCUUGCAUGUCCUGAUUGAGAGGGAUGCGUUCAGGCUCGGAGAACCUAACCAGAACGCCGAGUUCACAAAGCUAUACUGAGGUGGGCAACGGCAGAUACAUUUUUUUAGAUAAUGGAUAUAAAUAUAACGGCAGAUACAUAUGAUUGAUUGAUCACUUCUGUUGCUCAGUUUGAACAGCUAAUCUCCAUUCACGUUGGCAAAUUCUGAUGGCCAAUUCAAUUGUACAAGUAAUCUGCAGCCUGGGAGCAAGAGUUGUUGUACCUUCUGGAACCAUCUGGAAACCUCUAGAACCCAUGAUUGUUGUCUUAGACAUGUAGGUGACAUAUACAGGGGAAAGGAGGGGUAGAAUUGGUGCGGAACUGAAGAGGAACGGACUGGGGUCAGAUUUUAGUUAUUUUUAUUUAUUGUUCCUCCGAAAAGCCAAGGCAUUUUUGGCUUUUGUUUGUAAUUGAUGUGAUCAGUUCCAUCACCAAUGAAGAAAAGGGUUGAAAGUUCAAAUGGUGUUGUUAGAAACAGUACUUUGUUUUUACCGUGGUAUAAUUGUGUUGGAUAAUAUAACCUUGGCUUCUCCUGAA